AUGGCAGGAACCCUGCAGGCGCGGAUGAGCGAGCUGGAGCAGCAGGUGCUGGAGCUGGAGCAGGAGAACCAGAAGCUCCUGCUCGAAAACCAGCUGCUGCGGGAGAAGAGCCAAGGCCUCACGGUGCAGAACCAGGAACUGCGCGCCCGCUUAGGGCUAGAUGCACUGGAGACACCAGGCAAAGUGCCCAAGAUUGUGAUGGAAUCACAGGUGGAUGAAAUCAGGAUGGUGACCGGGUCCGCUGAGUCCGCAGCACUCAGACUACGUGUUCCUCUGCAGAAGGUGCAGGCCCAGCAGUCACCCCUCCUGACGCUCUCCACAUGGAUUCUGAUAGCAAUGACUCUUCAGACUCUGAGUCUGAUCUACUGUUGGGCAUUCUGGACAGCCUGGACCCAGACAUGUUCCUCCGGUACAGUAAUUCAGAGUCAGCGUGCUUGGAAGAGCUGGAGGAAGAGAUCUGUGGAAAAGAAUCAGAUUCCUUACCAGCCUCCCCCACUCCCUCUCUGGGGUCCUCAUCAGCCAAGUUGGAGGCCAUUAAUGAACUGAUCCGGUUUGACCAUGUGUACACCAAGCCCCUAAUCUUUGAGAUCCCUGCUAAAAUGGGCAGCCACACUGAUAUGCUAGCGAAAAUAGAAGAAGCAUCGCUCUCUCCCUCAGAAGACAAGGACCUUUCUCAGGCCUCAGUCUCAGUUAAAAA